UUCAGUGAGGGAAGGAGAGAGACUCGCCUGCACAGAGAGGCGCGGAGCCGGAGCGGAGAGCAUCAAGCAGACCGCAUCCUGAACCAGCGCAGGACUCGGGAAAGUAACACAAACUCUGACGCACCUAUAGGACGCGUUAGUGCGGGGACUGUGUUGGUAUUUGGACGUAAAAUGAAAGGUUUACCUGUCUCUUUAUUGGAUCUGGAGUCCAAUUUGCGGCGGCUUUGACAGAGGAAUUGCGCAUGCAGAGUGGGCUUUCGAACCGAACUUGACUUGGACAUCCAGGAUCCCCAAACCACCUUAAACCUUCCCCCCCACCCCCGCUGGACAUCAUCAAGCUCAACGAUCACCACCAUCAUGGAUGAAGAGCAGUGCUACUACAACGAGACCAUUGCCUUCUUCUACAACCGCAGUGAAAAGCACCUGGCUACCACCUGGAACACCGUGAGCAGGCUGAUGGGUCUGGGCAUCACUGUGUGCAUCUUCAUCAUGCUCGCCAACCUUCUGGUAAUGGUCGCCAUCUACAUCAACAGGAGAUUCCACUUCCCAAUCUACUACCUGAUGGCCAACCUGGCGGCUGCUGACUUUUUUGCUGGACUGGCCUACUUGUACUUAAUGUUCAACACAGGACCAAACACAAGGUGGCUGAGUGUUUCAACAUGGCUGUUGCGUCAAGGCUUGAUCGAUACCAGUCUUACAGCUUCGGUGGCCAACCUGCUUGCCAUCGCCAUAGAGCGUCACAUCACUGUCUUCCGCAUGCAGCUACAUACGCGUAUGAGCAACCGACGUGUAGUGGUGGUGAUCGUUAUAAUCUGGACUAUGUCCAUAGUGAUGGGGGCAAUCCCCAGUUUGGGCUGGAACUGUAUCUGCGCCCUGCAAAGUUGCUCCAGUAUGGCACCGCUUUACAGCAACUCCUACUUGAUCUUCUGGGCAGUGUUUAACCUGGUGACGUUUGUGAUGGUGACUCUUUAUGCCCACAUUUUUGUCUAUGUGCGACAGAGAACCAUGAGGAUGUCGCGGCACAGCUCUGGCCCACGACGCAACCGAGACACAAUGAUGUCUCUGCUCAAAACUGUGGUCAUUGUGUUGGGUGCCUUUAUAAUCUGUUGGACCCCAGGCUUAGUCCUCAUACUUCUCGAUGUCUUCUGCUCCAGCUGCACCGUCCUCAACUAUGAGAAGUUCUUCCUGCUCCUUGCCGAGUUCAACUCGGCUAUGAAUCCUAUCAUCUACUCAUACCGGGACAAGGAGAUGAGCGCCACCUUCAAGCAGAUCUUGUGCUGCCAGCGGCAGGAGAACGUCAAUGGGGCGGUGGUGGACGGAUCCGACCGCUCGGCGUCUUCAGUCAACCACACGGUCCUGGGCGCUGGCGGCGUCCAUCACCAUCACAAUGAGCACUCGGUGGUUUGAAAUGAAUGCAAAAAGGAAGCCUGAAAGUUGUAGCUGUUCUGCCUGAGACUAGGUAAAUACGAAACGAGGGAUGUGAAUGUGACAGAUCAUAGACUGCUCUUUGAAUUUACAAACAGAUGACACAAACUGAUCAACAUGAUGGAGAGAUCAAUGAAGAAACGACAAAAAAAGAAGAAUGGAAGUAAAAAGAAUGAUGGAAAAACCAAAUGAAGGAAGAGGGGAAGUCUAAUGUUCGGGGACUCUGACUGGGUGUUCGUAUUUUUGUUUAGCAGUAUGUUGUUUUUCUGUGUUAAAGGUGAUUUUUUUUUUUUCUUUUUUACAAGCAAAGAUGAUAUGAAUUAUUUAAGUAAUCUGUGAAAUGGUAAUGCCAGUAUAACCAUUCAGUUUGUUUAACUUUGGAACUUCUACAAUUCAAGACACACAGAGACUAAACUGUUGAGACCCAUUUUCAUGUUACCUUUCCCUAUAACUGAGGCAUGAGCAAACUCCUCAUAGAUUCACCACCAUUCUGGUUUCUGAACAGAAGCUGCUUUAUGAUUAUGUCAUGUGAUGGAGCAGAUGGACUGUAUGGUGAAUGAUUAAAGUAUCAACUUCACAAAUCAUCAGUUUAAAUCUUUGAUCAUUUUCAGAAAGUCUUAAAGAAGUCUAGCAUCUGUGAGAUUAGAUUAAAAUUCACAAUUUUACCAAAAGAAGACUUUAUUUUUUUUUUAGUCCUAUUACACAGUUUUGAUUAGUCCGAUAUAUUUGUUGCAUUGAUUAGCUGAAGACUCCAGAGAAAAAUAUAGUUUUUAUUUGUAGAACCAGCAGAGUGAAUUUAGAGGCAUUUGUAUCCAUUUGCUGCCAUUUUGCUUUUUUUCAUUUCUGUCUUCAUAAGCCGUUGCAUAAAAUUUUAUUUCUUUGCUGGCAAGUAAUGACCAAAUAUUUUCAUAAGGAAUAUAAAUAUUAGCAUAUAUUUCCCCACUGUCUGACAAUAAACCAGACUUUGAUUUUUCCUACUUAUGUCAGUUAGAAUUACCAAAAUUUCUUAUUCCAGUAUUUGGCAAAUGGUAAAAAUUGUAUGAUUAUUUCAGAUUUAUCACAGUUCUUGUUCAGACAGUGUCAAAAUGUAUAUAUUUUUCUUUUUACUACGCUGGCCUUACAACCACAGUGUAGAAAGAUUCAGUUGUGUGUGUUUCUUUAUGCUAGUUAUGAAGACAUUAAGAGAUUGUUUAAGAGAUUCCACUGCUUUGCAGUAAAAUGCAGUGACAAGUUAAUAUCUUAAAUGGCAACAAAUUAGUAAAUGUGCUCAGUAGGCUAAAUCAUUAGAACUGUUCUGAUGUGUGGUUUUUUUUUACCUCUACAGAUAAACAUUGCUAUUCUCCUAGUGUUUUUUUAAUCUGAUUUAACCUACUGGUCUGUAUAUUUUAAAGAAAUAUCGGCUACUCCAAUGCCUACAACUUGCUUAUUCCAACUUAUAGGUAGAAUUUUACUUUACCAAAGCUUUCACAUUUUUUUUGAUCAUCUGUUUAGAAACAAACUGAAGAUGAUGCUGAGAUGAAGCUCUGCUUGAGCGUUUGUCUCAACAUGACAGCAGGUCGAGUGAAAUAAAUGAGCUUAAACAAAUUUUCUCUCAGACAAAAAUGUUGACAAACUUCUCAGAAAAUGGAAGGCUUAUAAAGUCACCUACUGGCAGAGUAGAAGCAUGACUAAGACUCUGCAGUCAUGCUCGGAGCUGUGUCACUUACUUCAGACAGAGCGGUGCUGAGAAUGUGCCACUAGCAGACCCAAUAAAAUCCCAGUCACACAUAGUUCUGAUGAGCAAUUUCCUCAAAGGUCUGCUAUUUCAAGAUGAGUUGCAGUUGGUUAGUGUCGCAAACGUAUGCCAGGCUUAAACAAAAUCCAUUUCACCUUUCUGUGAUAAUGUAUGUUCUAAUCAUGGUCUUAGCAACUGUUCCUCCAGGGGACGACAAGCUUGUGUUAAAUACUCUGAAGUUACAAGAAAGGAAAUUCCCUGAACUUUUACUGCAACAUUAUUACUAAUCACAUAAGCAAGGUCACAUGUAUAUAAAAGUAUGUAGUUUGGUUAAGUAGCAGCAGAUGAGAUGACGAACUCUGCUUGACAUCCUUUUACAGUAUUCAUCAAACUAAUUUGUUAAAUUUGUGAAAUACACUAAUUAUUGUCAAAGUUCUGACUUUACAUUGAUAUCUUGCGCUAGACUCUUGGAUUGAGAAAGUAAAAUAGUCAUUUGUUAGUCUUUUAGCAUUACUAAAAAUAGACCAUGAGUACAUUUGUUUUCGAAAGAUACGGAGACUGAAUCAAAAGAGGGUCCAGUGAAAAUGAAUUGGUGAAUAGGAGAGAAGGUUUUUUUUUUCUUCAUUUUAUUUGUUUUUUGCAACUGUUCUGCAUCAGGUACAUUUUGAAGCAUUGAAAUGAUUCCUAAAUAGAGUCAGCUACGCCACAUUUUGUUUAGUAAAAACUCAUGUAUGUCUGUUUCAAAAAGAAUGGGUUUAUUUUCCCCUUCACCAAUCUGUUACCACAGAUAAAUUAUGGAGCCCAGAAUGUUUGUUACUUUCAAGACUUCUUUUGCUUUUGCCAUUUCUCACGCCUGAACAAUUCAGAUCAUUAAUUUCAAACAAAGAUAACCUGACUAAAUACAAGAAAUAUCUUCAUAUAAUAAUUUUAUGUAUUGUUAAUUGUAUCUAAGCCAAUCUGACCCUAAUUGUAAUGACCAACAUCGUGAAUGCAUUUUAACCCUCUCUCCUCUACUGUUUUUUUUUUGUUUGUUUGUUUGUUUUUUGUUUUUGUUGGGGUUUUUUUCAUCUCACUGGAGACUGAAAAAAUAAUUUUAGAGCAUAAACAUUUUUGGUAAUGCUGAAAGAUUAUAUACAUGAAAAUUUAACAUAGCUUGUAUAAAGAUUUUGUGGUUUAACUGUAAUCUAAACUUCUAAAAUAUAAAUUAAAUAAUAGCAGCAUGCUGUACCAACACAAAGUAUUACACAACUAAUACUAAUGUACAAACUUGAUUUUAUGAAAUUUCAGUUCAACAUGUCCAUGAAACCAACAUGAUUUUUAAUUUCCUUUACUAAGCUAAACAGUAACAUUCCACUGAUCAGUUGAAGUUUCCCAUAUUUAGUCAACAUGUGAUGUUUAAAGACUUCAAAUCUAUGUUGCCAAUUUAUUUCAGUGUAGAUUAUUUUCUUUCAGGUGAAUUAAAGAUGAAGCACUGCUGUGAAUUGCACCUUACUCAAAGCUGUCAAGUUGUUUUUUUUUUCAUCUUUUGGUCAUGUCAAGAUGACUGUUUUGGUGCUUUUUUUAGUCUGAUUGUUUUUACACAUUUAAAAGGGAGAUUUUAAAAAUGCCUUGUCUUUUUAAAUAAAAACGAAUUCUAAAACUGUCCCUACCUGUUCAUCUGGACACUGGUUUGCGCUCUUCACUUCAGUAACUGCAUACCUGCUGUCAUCCUUCACGUUCACAACAUUUUUUCUGACUAAUGAAUUAUUCAGCUUAUUAUAGCUAACCAAAUAAACUGUCAUUGCUUGUCUCCUUACUAUUGUGUCAUCUUUGCAUACUCUUGUAAGUAUAAUUGUACAGUUAUAUCUUAAAUAUGUUAUUUCAAAAUUAAUUGCAAAAAAGUGAAACGUGAAACAAGAUGUGCCUCAUUUGUAGUCUUGUGGUGAAUCAGUGUUUAUUGUGGCCUUUUACUGCUGUUGUUUGGCACAGCUAGCUUGCAUAGCAUGUCUUACCAAGUGCAUUUCCCAUAUGCAGGUCUUUUUUUUUUCUUUUUUUUAACAAAAAACAUGACUUUACAACCUAAAAAAUGGCAAACCUGUCUAUACCCGUAGUUGUAGUGUGUAAAUGUGACACAGAAAUGGUUUUCCAAUAUCAAACAUCAUUGCCAAUGAAUAUACACCAAAAGCAAUUGUGUUAUUUCAAAAACAAUAAAACAAGACAUUAGAAGCA